AUGGCGCGCGCAGGACACUCAGGCACGAUUGUAGGCUCGGCAGUAGUCGUACGGGAAAAGUAUUACUGGCCAGACCUUCAGCUCAACAUCUGGACAAUCAUCAUGCUGGUGACAGCAGGGUUGAUAUUGGGCGUGAAUGCGCAGUUUAUGGAUACACAGAACCAGAUGGGGUUGGGAACGCCAUGGAUCAUGCCCUACGGCGUCACAGUGGGCGCUCUUGCUAUUCUCUUCAUCAUCAUCGAACUCGUCUACAUUGCGCAACGCCGACUCCUGCCUGGCAUCAUGAUGUUGCUUUCCUUCAUCUUGCUCGUCCUCUUCAUCGCCGGCGUCAUCGGAACCGCGAUACAGCUCUUUGCCGGACCCAACAUCAACAACCAAUGCAAUACCUAUGUAUUCAACCUUGAUGUAAAGGGGCCGAGCCUUGAAACGCUGGCAUAUUUGCAACAGAAGAACAUCUGUCAAUGUUGGCAGGCCCAAUUUGCCUUUUGGAUCAUUGGGACCGUGUUUCUCAUCUGGAUGAUGGUCAUGGCGAGUCAAGUCAACUCGAACGCCUAUGUCCGAUGA